CGCCGAGGGGUAUAUAUUUAGGAGGCAGCCGACCCCGCCAGCUCCACACGGAACGCGGCUGUGCGGCCGGGAGCUGAAACGGGAGGAUGCUGCAGGACCCCGGACCGCCUGCUGAAGGGGAGAGGGAGGGAGGCUCGGCUCCUUUUGCUGGCAGAUCGUCUCGCUGUGUGUCAGAGGCAGGAGCGUAACUCUUCUCUGUGCCGCUGGGUUUGACAAAAGGAGAGUUUCACUGCCUUGAGCCCCGCCGUGAAGCAGCAGCGCAGCGCAACUGCGAGGCGCGGGAACGGAUACUGACCUGGGAGAGCCUGGCUGAGGAAGAAAGCUCCCUGCUAGGAUUCAGCUACGCAGGAGAUUCUUUGAUGGAUUACAAUCUCAGCAAACUCUAACUGGAGAAGAAAAAUGACAGCUAAGAGACUUAAACCAGACUCUUCACCAUCCUGGAAAGGAACUGACUGCCAGGUUUUGGAGUUUUUUUAAUACUCUACCUCCCUCUGCUGUUAUCAGAGAGAAGCUCCUCGACAAUGGGAAGUCAUGUACUUGCAGCUUCGAUUUCCAUGCUCUCGCUCCUGGCCAUGAUGGGAGACACGGAGGGUAAAGCAGACAGUUCCUUCAUCAUCGACUCUGAUCCCAGCCGCUGUAUGAGGCAUCACUAUGUCGACUCCAUCAGCCACCCCUUGUACAAGUGCAGCUCAAAGAUGGUGCUGCUGGCUCGCUGCGAAGGGCGCUGCAGCCAGACGUCGCGCUCCGAGCCCAUGGUUUCCUUCAGCACGGUUCUGAAGCAGCCUUUCCGCUCCACUUGCCACUGCUGCCGGCCCCAGACCUCCAAGCUGAAGGCCAUGAGGCUGCGAUGCUCGGGGGGAAUGCGGCUCACUGCCACCUACCGCUACAUCCUCUCCUGCCACUGUGAGGAGUGUAACUCCUAGGGACGGACCUGGCACAGCAGUGGGGGGAUGGGAUGAGAUGGGAUGGGAUGGGAUGGGAUGGGAUGCUGCUGCUGCUGCUGCUGCUGCUGCUGCUGCUGCUGCUGCUGCUGCUGCUGCUGCUGCUGCUGCUGCUGCUGCUGGGGAAGGCUCCCGAGAAGGAACCGCAGGUGAGGGCGAGGCUCCCAGUGUAUGAUUGCAGCCAGGACAGGCUGGAUUUGAUCUUGGAGCUGAAGUGUAAAAUACCCCGAGGCUCUGGAUGGUGGCAGUACCAAAGUGUGGCCUGUGACAAAGGCGAAAGCAUGAAGACUUAUUUUUAAGAAGCCUUUCUUUUUUUCUGAAAGGAUUUUUUUUUGCCAGUUUCUUCUUUUUCGGGCUCACCUCUGACUACAAAGAGGUGCUUUUACCUUAGUCCAAGGGCAGCAGAGGAAAAGAAAGGAAGGUCUGCUGGAUGCCAGCGUUGUGAUUGAAGAGUUGGUGUUCAGACAGAGGAUGGACAUUAGUUCCACAUCUGACCUCUUAACCUAUCCAUUUAUUCUCAGUCUCCUAGUUAUACUUGUCUUCAAAACAAACUGUGUUGUUGGCAAGGGCUAUCUAUUACUGAUCGAGCAUGCCAAGUGCUGGAUAACUUUAACUGUGGUUUAGCAGAGACUACAAAUAAAUCAUUGAAAAGUGAACUGGAUAUGAAAUGUAGAGCUGGGACUACACAGCCCUAGCCAGCUGAAGUGAUUAUUUGCACUGUGCAGCAUCACAGGUCAAUGGCUGAGCAGCUCCUGAGAAGUGAAAGGUCAUGUGGCUCAUUAUUCUUGUCUAAAAGCCUGGAAAUGUGACACAUCAUGUUUGUCAGAGAAGCCAUUAUUCAAACACUAAAAACUAAUCAAAGAUUAAAAUAAAACAUACUAAAUG